AUGGAAUCAACACCGCAUGCAUCGUGGCAGAGGAUAGCACUAGAGGCGCAAGUCUUACGGGACAAGGCGAUCCCUUCCAACUGGCUUCUGAGUUCUCCACCGCGCGAGAACGUGCUAAACGUCACGAAAGUGCCGUAUACCUGCGGUAUCAUGACGGAGAAAGAGCUUGAGCUGACAGAUAAAGAUGCAACGGAAUUGUUGGCGAUGCUCAAAGACGGCCGGCUGAAAAGCUACGACGUCACACUCGCCUUCUGCAAACGGGCGGCAAUCGCACAUCAGUUGGUAAACUGCAUGACCGAAAUGUGGUUUGAAGAGGCCCUCGACCGGGCCAGAGAGCUCGACCAGAUCUUCGCUCUGAGCGGCCCGGUAGGCGCGUACCACGGCCUUCCGUUCUCGAUCAAGAACACCUUUGCUGUCAAAGGUCGGAGGUCAUCGGGAGGCUAUGUGGCCUGGUAUGACAACAUUGCCGGGGAAGAUGCUCCGGUGGUCAAGAUCAUUCGGGACCAAGGUGCUGUGUUUUUCUGCAAGACCACCAAUCCACAGACAGCCAUGCAUCUAGAGACCGAAUCAAAUCUAUAUGGUCGCACCUUGAACCCUUUCAACAGGAUGCUCACUCCUGGAGGCUCCUCCGGGGGGGAAGGGGCUUUGGUCGCCAUGGGUGGUUCACCGAUUGGACUGGGUGGCGACGGGGGUGGCUCUAUUCGAUCUCCUGCUGCAAACAACGGUCUAUUUGGAAUGAAGGCGACCUCUGACAGGAUCCCGUACCUCAGAUCCGCCGCUAUCAUGCGAGGGUGCAAGUCGUUUCCGACCGUUGCUGGCCCGAUUUGUAAAUCUGCUCGAGACGGGGAGUACUUUAUGAAGACUGUCCUGGAGACUGCACCCUGGGUCAGAGAACCAUCUGUCGUGCCAAUACCGUGGCGACAGAUGUCGAUGCCCGAAAAAAUCACAAUUGGUCUGUACAUUGAUGACGGUUCGGUGAUGCCUCACCCGCCUAUCACGCACGCGCUCAAAGCAUUGAAAACCAAGCUCGAGGAGGACCCCAAGUUCGAGGUGGUCGAGUGGACACCCUACCAACACGAUGUGGGAUAUGACCUGAUUCGACAAUUGUAUUGGGAGGACGGUGGCGUCGAGACCAUGGAGGUAAUGACACGCUCAGGCGAGCCGGUUCUUCCAUUGACCAAAUGGGUGAUGAAAGAGAGCCAUGUGAGGCCGCGAACUUUGAAAGAAAGCUGGGAACUGAACUAUCGGCGUGAAACCUUCCAGAGUAUGGCCCUGUCUCGGGCGUUAUCAAAUUAUCACAUCGCUAAUCAAGUCCUUCCAGAAGAGUAUUUGACGAAUUGGCUUUCGGCACCCAAAGUUCCAGACUUCCUGGUGGGCCCCGUAGGGCCCUCGGUGGCACCCAAACAUGAGACUGCGCGGUACUGGGGCUACACAGCCAUUUUCAACCUUCUUGACUACCCAGCCGCGGCUUUUCCAACCGGCUUGACCGCUUCAGCUGAGACACAUGUUGUUGACACUGCCUAUGUGCCAAGGGACAACGAAUUUGAUGAAUAUAAUUGGAAACAGUACGAGCCUUCUGCAUACGAGGGAGCGCCGAUAUCGCUGCAGGUUGUGGGACGCAAAUGGGAUUGCGAAAGGGUCUUGAAGGUUGCUGGCAUGAUCAGCGAGCUUUGCAUGUUAUCUGUAGGCAAGUCGAAGAAGUAG